UUCUAAAAUACUGUAUGGAAGAGAUGCAGCUCGAAAAAGACCUUAUGAUGUUUUCAUUACUACGCUGAUAUUACCAACUAAUGUUUCCCUGCUAAAUUUUAUAGCCGCUUAAAUGUUUUACUCUCGAAUUUUGUUGUGCCUUAAUUUUAAGGCUAUUGUCUACUCUAAGUGUUAAAUCGUGUAUUGAAGAUAGGAAGUCUAAUGCAUCUACGUCGCAGAGUUUAGUUUUCCAGCUGAAAUACAAUAAAGUGCGUUUUAGCUCUGUUUUAUUUGAUUAGCAGUACUUAAGUAUAAUUAUUGGAUGUCCGAAAUCCGAACAAAAUCAACAGCGUUUGCCACGGCACAUGUGCGGGAAUACGAGCUCUUGGAGUUCAAACAGCAUGUUAGUGGAGCCCUCGCUCGAAUUAGUCCAGAAUGGGUCGUCAGACCGGAGGAAGAAGAAAAACUUUAUAACGAGCUUAAGGAGCUAAAGGUCACCGAUCUAUGCCCGAAAGGCCCCUCUCAGGAGAACACGAGCACAGCUCCACUUCCUGAUCGGAUCAAUUGUCCCAGUAGCCUUUGGCAAGGUUAUAAAACUAAGCCGCGAAAUCUGCGAUAUGAGACCACUAGUCAAGCAUCGUACGGACGGUUUUUACCAACUGCCUACGAAAUGCCUCACUCGUUCCAUGGAUUGUCGCGCUCUUUUACGGAGAAAGAGUUGAAAAUUGGGAUGGCUGACCGCGGAUGGAGUUUUAACGGGCAUGUCGAUCGUUGAUACAAUUGCAGUAAUAACAGAAUGUUAGCUACAAUAUUAUAGCUCUUUAGUAUUCUAUCAUUCUGUUAUGUAUGUUCUUGUACCUAUGACUCAGCCUGUAAAAAACUGUAUGAUUGUACGUACGUAUUACCACUGUCUUGUUACCAGAAGUUUAGUACGGUAAAUUAAAGUUCGCGCCCGAAAAUACUCUAAAGUUUGUUUUUGCCUUAAGAUCUACUCUAGAUUUGGAAGUUGUCAUCACAACCAUGCUAACUUUAGUUACUCUGCCUUGUAUAACAGGAGCACUGCUUAAUUUUACCUGAUCCUUUUUACGAACACCUAAGUUAAAGCAAUAAAUUGUACGCGUACGUACUGAAGUUAUGAACGUUUAUGAUUAAUUUUGCCCACGCGCUUUAAGCAAAACUUGCAAAAUAACUUUACCCGAUGCGCGAGAACAUUCAACCGUUAAAAAUAACCUGAUACGCAAAUACGAUACAUCUUUGUACAAUUUAAGUACUGCUACCUUCAAUAAGAUAUGGUCACGAGUCACGACUAAAUUAACCAUCCCAUAAUAUAAUAACCAUCCCGUGCUUCCGUACACCUUAUCGCGCCCAGACAUCAAACUUGAUACCACCAGCCAAUUUAGGUCGAUUUUCCGAACCUGCAGCCAGCAUUUUGGUUGUGCCCCGGAUUUAAACCUCUUCUGGCAAAAUGGGACAACUGACUGAUAUCCACGGUGGACCCGAAUCCAAAAACUUUGAGUGCCAAUAUUCAUCGAUGAUUGCCGAUUUCCAGCGCCAAUCCACAAGCGUGACCUGCCAAGAAAUUAUACGCUGGACCAGUAUAGGGACACUGAUGUUUGGAUUCCUUGUUGUUUCAGUAGAUUUAUACGGUGCCUUAAAGUUUCCGGAACUGGUCAGCGUAUGGUAUCCCGGCAUGUGUUUGGGAGUUUUGUUGAUGUGCUCCGGAUUAUGCGGUACUUUCGCCACAUACCAACUGAUUUCGCUCGACUAUCGCCACGGCUUCAUAUCUAACACCUUCCUGGCCUUCUCCGGCUUGUCCAUCGUGUUCAGCUGCGCGAUGCUGAUUGGAUCAGCCAUCUUUUUUCCGCUUAUCCUUGACGAUCGGACCGACAACCUACAAGCCCUGAAAAACACCACCAUCACGUUCUACGUGCUAUCUUUCGGUUUAUCGGCGGCGGAAACGGUGUUCGCAUUGCGGUGCGUCUAUGCUCAGCAGUUCGAACGCAUGCUGGAAUCGGAGAUUGUGGAAAUCUCACCGCUGGUCAUACCGAAAACCGAACCGUUCCUACUGGCUACCGGCAUUUAUGAGAAUGAAGAAGAGACAGUAUUUCCGGUUCAAGGGAUACGAAGCAAAUGCGAAAAGGUUCCAGAUGUACAAACCUAUCUCUGCCGGAACGAACCGGAGCAGCUGGACAAUGAGGAAACAAACACGAAUAUUGUUGAUCUCGAUGUUACAUGACAGAAGUUUUAUAUGUACAUUUAAUGUAUUAUACAAUGUUAUUCAUCACAAGAAAAUGGAUAAAAAUACGCGAUUUCAAAAUCUGGAUUCCGAUACCGUAAUCACCA